AUGACCACAGAGGUGGGGGCUGACACUGAACUUAAUCCUGGACCAGACGGGCCUGCCCAGGAUGGGGUACAUAAUCCUGCUCUGCUCCCACACGAAACCCCACAAACGCCGGCAAAUAGUGUAGACAGGCCGGGAACCAGCGACAGCUCACGAAGACUUACAGAAGAUGAAGAGAGGUUUGAUUUGGCAGACAGAACAACGCCCUCCCACACUCAACGAUCGCCACAAAAACUGUCUAGAAAACCGAAGAGUGCACUUUGCAGGGUGACGCUUCUGGACUCUUCCCACUAUGAGUGUGAAGUGGAGAAACAUGCGCGGGGCCAGGUCCUGUUUUGAUACUGUCUGUGACCACCUCAACCUCUUGGAGAAGGAUUAUUUUGGGCUGACAUUUUGUGACACUGACAGCCAGAAGAAUUGGCUGGAUCCCUCCAAGGAGAUAAAAAAACAGAUCAGAAGUGGCCCUUGGUCAUUUGGUUUCACAGUGAAAUUUUACCCUCCUGACCCAGCACAGCUCACAGAGGACAUUACAAGGUAUUAUCUGUGCCUGCAGCUGCGUGCUGACAUCAUCAGCGGGCGUCUGCCCUGUUCCUUUGUUACGCAUGCCCUACUGGGGUCAUAUACUGUACAGGCUGAGCUUGGUGAUUAUGACCCUGAGGAGAAUCUUGGGAAUUACGUGAGUGAACUCCGUUUCUCACCCAAUCAGACGAGGGAGCUGGAGGAGAGAGUGAUGGAGCUGCACAAGACAUAUAGGGGGAUGACACCAGCUGAAGCAGAAAUACAUUUUCUAGAAAAUGCCAAAAAACUAUCAAUGUAUGGAGUGGAUCUACACCACGCUAAGGACUCUGAAGGAAUAGAUAUAAUGCUAGGUGUCUGUGCCAAUGGGCUUUUGAUCUACAGAGACCGUCUGAGAAUAAACAGAUUCGCCUGGCCCAAAAUCUUAAAGAUUUCUUACAAAAGGAGCAACUUCUAUAUCAAGAUCCGGCCGGGUGAGUAUGAGCAGUUUGAGAGCACCAUUGGGUUCAAAUUACCCAAUCAUCGAGCUGCAAAACGCCUCUGGAAGGUUUGCAUAGAACAUCACACAUUCUUCAGGCUGGUCUCUCCAGAACCUGCCCCCAAGGGCUUCCUAGUGAUGGGCUCCAAAUUCCGAUACAGUGGGCGUACGCAGGCACAGACCCAGCAAGCAAGUGCUUUGAUAGACCGGCCGGCUCCUAACUUCAAGAGAUCCGCCAGCAAGCGAUAUACACUGUCACAGAGUGCUGAAGGUGGACUUUCUAAACAAAGUGCUCUGAAUGAGAAUCAUGAAUCUACCCCAGAGAAAAAUCACAAGACAUCUCCAGGAGAGGGAGAUGAAGAGAAGAAGAAGAAGAGGAAGAAGAAGAGGAAGAAGUGACCACUCCAACCAAAAUCAAAGAGCUUAAGUCGGAGCAAGAGAGCACUCCCCGGCACAAGGAGUUCCUGGACAAGUCAGAAGAUGUCCUACUGAAGCACCAGGCCAGUAUUAAUGAGCUGAAAAGAACCUUGAAACAGCCAAACAGCAAACUUGUUCACAGAGAACGCGGACGAGAAAAGAGGCUGCCGUCUUCUUCACCUACCUCCUCAUCCCCCAAACCAGAGGAGGCGGAAGGUACUGGUAAAGAAGAGGAAGAGACAGAUGUUGGUGCUGCCCAGGAUUCCGAGGUCUUCACCCAGAAAAGCUUGGCUUCAUCCCCAGAGAGAGUGAGCAGCAGGGAGGCAGAGGAAGGGCGAACAGCAGGUGACGAGGAACAAGGCGCUGGCCUUCUAAAAGAAAACCAACUAAGCAUUGAGAGGAAGUGUUCAAGCAUAACCGUCAGCUCUACAUCCAGUCUGGAAGCAGAGGUGGACUUCACAGUGAUUGGAGAUUACCACUCCAACGUAGGCUUCGAGGAUUUCACCCGCAGCCUUCCUGAACUGCAUCGAGACCAGGGCGAUGGGGCUGGUGGCACAGAGAUUAACCCUGCAACAGCUCCUCAAGAAAUACAUGAUGAGGACAAGCAGGAGGAGGAAACAACAGAGUCACACAAGACUAUAGAGAAACAUGUCAUCAGUAGCUUGAGUACAGUUAGCAGGACAGAUGGGGAGAAAAUCACAAAUAUACAGAUUACUUCCAUGCAAACUACUCAGGUGGAUGAGAAGGAGCCUGUAGUCAGCAGUCAUACUGUCACUUCACACACUGUACACCCAGCACUGACAGAGGACAGUAGGACAGAGGCAGCAGACACAGCACGAGCAGUAGCAUCUGCUGAAAGCUCCCAGGCACUGCAAGCAGAUGUCACUCGCACCCAUCAUGUUUCCCAUACUGCCACAGCAGAGACAUUGUCCUCCUCCACAACCACCCAUGUGACUAAGACUGUAAAGGGUGGAUUCUCUGAAACAAGGAUAGAAAAGAGGAUAAUUAUUACAGGGGAUGAAGAUGUGGAUCAAGAGCAGGCUCUGGCCAUGGCUAUAAAAGAAGCUAAGUUACAACACCCGGAUAUGUUGGUCACGAAAGCAGUGGUGUAUUGUGAAACAGAGCCCUCCCCUGAGGAGCCUGAGGAGAAACAACAG